GAAAAAGCCUUAUGUCGACAUAACAUUUUCGAUGGAAUUAAGGAGGAUUUACUUCACAACGAAAAGAACAUGAUUGCUCGUUGCGCACGUAGAUGUUUAUCAGUUGGAUAAAGGCACAUCAAAUGGAGCGUUGAGCUCAAGUUGGUUUGAAAUUGAAUCAUAGAGAAAGCUCACAACAAGUUGAAGUAGUGAUAUAUAUAGAUGGUGAGAGUGUUGUUCUCUGGGAAAUUGGGGUUGCUACCCCCUCCUCCUUCCUCCUGCAACAACAACAACUCUCUCUCUAUUUAUUCAUAUAUUUGGCGCACACACAAUCGCCCUUCACCUAUGAUCUUUGCUUCUGCUUCUUCAGCUCCAUCACUUUCCGGUUCAGGAGCUGAAUAUUCCGAGCGGUUGUUGGAUGUGGCGGUCAAAAAGAAGAAGAAGAAAAUAGCUGGCAUAGAUCAGGACGAAUUGGUGGAUGAUCCCAAGCUUCUAGCUGAUUCAGAUAGUUGUUUUUGUGAAUUCAAAGGAGUGGAUAUACACCACAAGAUAUUUGAUGCUGAAUCCAGAGCUCAGAGCGUGUUGCAGGAUCAUGCUGUUUCUGAUCAAAAGAAGAAGCUAGGUUUUCCUAUGAUUCUGUUGCAUGGAUUUGGUGCCUCGAUUUUCUCGUGGAAGCAAGUUAUGAAGCCUUUGGCGGAGGCUACUAGUUCAAAAGUUCUUGCUUUUGAUAGGCCUGCUUUUGGAUUGACAUCGAGGGUCGAUUUAUCUAAGGUUCUUUCUUCAGGAGCAGGAGAUGCAAAACCUCUAAAUGCAUACUCAAUGGCAUUUUCAGUGCUUGCUACCUUGCACUUCCUUAAUUUACUAAAUGCUGAGAAGGCAAUUUUAGUGGGGCACUCAGCUGGUUGCCUUGUAGCAGUUAAUACAUAUUUCGAAGCUCCUGAACGUGUUGCUGCUCUGAUCCUAAUUGCGCCUGCAAUUUUCGCCCCACUUACUACACCCAAAACUGUUAAGGAAAAUCAACCAAGACAAGAUAACCAAAUUGAAGAAGACAGUAGUUCUGUCAGAAAAAAUCCAAUUUUGAGGCUUUAUGAGACGUUGGCCAAGGUUACCAAGUUCAUUACAGUUGCAGUAACACAGAUGAUGAAGGGGAUGAUAGAUAUGCUCAACUCUUUGUAUAGGAAAUUGUUAUCAACUAUCCUGCGUUCUUCCCUUGCUAUAAUGCUGGUAAGAGUGGCAAUUGAUAAGUUUGGCACUGCCGCAGUUCGAAAUGCGUGGUAUGACCCAAAACUGGUCUCUGAGCACGUCCUUAGCGGUUAUACACAGCCAUUGAGGAAUAAGGAUUGGGAUAGGGCUUUGGUGGAAUACACUGUUGCGAUGUUUCUGGAUGAGGAAUCCAAAACAAAGCCAUCUCUUUCUAAAAGACUUCAUGAAAUAUCAUGUCCUGUUCUGAUUGUAACUGGUGAUAGUGACCGAAUAGUUCCUUCCUGGAAUGCUGAGAGACUUGCACGCGUUAUACCUGGAGCAUCGCUUGAAGUUAUUAAGCAAUGUGGCCAUCUUCCCCAUGAAGAAAAAGUUGAAGAAUUCAUUUCCAUAGUUGAAAACUUCUUAACGAGAUUAGUGGGCGAUUCAAACGAACAAUAUCUACCAUCUGUGGUGUGAAUUUUAUACAACUCAGGUUUCCUAUUUUACUUAAUUAAACAUAUGAUAUAGGCAGACACUAAUGAAGUUGAUCAGACCAGCUAAUGAAAAGGCUUGCAGGUGGAAAAUUACUGAUAAGCAAUCAUUUUAUUUUACAUUGUAUUCGUGCUACCUGCCUGAAUGAUCUGUAACUUGCAUUUUAGUAUGUUUGGAUCAGUUUUUCUUUCCUCAGAAUCAAUUACGAAACUUCGAAGCUA